AUGGCGCCGGCCGAUGACCAAGACAUCAACCUCCUCGUCCAGGAUGUCGUCGGUGCGUCUAGGAUCCCGCCAAAGGCCCGUCUGGCCGACAUCAAGCCGACCGUCGCACGGCUCGCCUCCCUCGCGUACGAGCGGGGCCUGCUGCCCGAUGCGCUGGCGCAGCUCGUCGACCUCAUCGCGGCGCCGAGCCUCCUCGACCAAGCCAGCCUCAAUGCGCUCGUGCGCAACCUGUACCCGCGGGACAAGGUGUCGCGCAACGUCGUCAUGCGCGUCGUGGCGGCGCUGGGGCAUGGCGCGCUCAAGCCGUCGCUGAACAUGCAGGCGGGCUUGCUGAGGUGGCUCAACAUGGUCUUCCAUGUGCUCGAGGACCGCAUUGUGUUGGCGAGGGCGUAUCCCGUCUUGUUCAACUUGCUCGACACGGCGGCCAUCAGGCCGCAGCUCACCCAACUUCUGGCCUUGGUCACGAGGCGAAGACAUGUCAGGCCGUUUAGGAUCCAGGCACUGCUCGCCUUGUCGAGGCAGACCGGAAAUGACCCUUGGCUCGUCGGGCUUCUCAGAGUCUUCAAGGACUACUACCCCGAAAUCAUCGUCGGCGAGGCUGUUCGUGGCAAAGCAUCGGCCUUCAAGCAUCCCGACAUUCAAUGGCGCGCGAGGCUUGACGAGAUUCAAGACACGCAUCUCCGUGACGCCGAGCAACGCUCCUCGUCGGGCCCUCGGCAGGGCUUCCGGGUCAAUAGACCAGUCAAUCGGUCCCUGAGGCACAGACUCGUCCCCACGGUUCAGACAAGCCAGGCGACAGAGGACUCUGUUACGUUGGAAGAAAUCGACAAUGUCACGAGCUUGGUGCAGAACCUCGAGAGGCUCGAGCUGCCGAACCAGCUCGUUGCCGUCCUGGCCGAUCCGCUCCUCCAGAAGCUCUUGGUGCUGCGGCCCGCGGCCGAGUCGCACCAGCGAGUUGCCAACUGGCUCGGCUCGGUGCUGCGGGACUUUUUGGACGGGGAUGUAGAUGAGGAGACGUUGUGGGAGGUGUUGGAGGUGACGCGUGACUAUGUCAUCCAAACCAAGACAUUUCCUCCGGCUCUGCUGGAAUUCUUUGCCCGGUUCCUCCAGCUGUGGAGCGGCUCUAGACGUCGAGACCUCGUCCUGGAUGUCCUCGGCCGCGCUCCUCUUCACGACUUUCAAGAGUUGUAUCAACACAUAUUUGGACCUCUCGAGACGGCGAUGCUAGACGACUCGCCCGCCUCACCGCUCGCCCUGCUCGACCUAUACACCAGACUCCUUCACCACUGGACAACCGCUCUCCAGUCCGCCGACGCCGUCCCUCCGCAUGCUAGCCAGGUCGUCGCGCAGCUCGUGCGCCACGUGAGCCGCCUCGCCCUCGGCGUGCUCCAGGCGGCACCCGGCGUGGCCACCGAGUCGGCCAUUCUCUCCUUUUACGAGCAGACAGUGCGGCUCGUGGCCGACGACGUGCUGAGGCAGUACAUUCGCAUCGAGCUGCCGCCGUCGGCGCUCGUCUACACGCUCCUCUUCAGCCCGUCGCUGGCCACCGUGUCGCGGCUGUGCCACGUGCUGGCCUGCUACAAGAGGGGCUUCGAGGUGGCCAUGUCGACAAAGGCGCGCCACGACGGCAGCGCGCGCAUCGACGCCCUCUCAUACGACCGCGCCUACGUCAACCGCUACAACGGCUUCAUCAUGGACAUGUGCAACUGCUUCUGGCGCACCCGCGCCUUCAGCGACACCGACACAAACGCCCGCGGCUGCAUGGUGCCGCGCGCCACCGUCUCGGCGCUCGAGGCCUACGUCGCCUCGGUCGACAGGGCCACGUCGCUGGCUUCCCUGCUCUCGCUGUCGCACGCGCCCGUCUUGUGCUUGCAGAGCAUCCGUCGCGUGCGCGAGAUGGAGGACGCGGCCAUGCGAGGGGACCGCCCCGCUCUCCGCGCCCGUCACGCAGGGCCCGUCACGCAGUCGAGCCUGGCCAAGCUCGCCGCCGCGGGCGGGAUCCGGCUCAGCUGGCAGGAAUACCGCAUCGACGUGCUGAGGUCCCUGAGCGACAAGGGCUUGCCGGGCGUCACGGAGCUGCUCAAGAACACCAUGACGGUGCUCAAGAACUCGAUGGAGGGCAAGGCGAGCACGCAGGGGGGCAGUUCACAGGCGCAGGCAUCUCAAUGA